GCUUCUGGUAGAAAUUGUCUCGGAUAUAUCUAGCCGAGACAUUGGAGAUGUCUCCGCGAUCGUUCGUCUGCUUAUCUCAGACGGGUUUGCAGACAUGCUACGUCUCUUGAAGGACGCCAUCAAGGUCCACAUGCAGCACGAUCACGACAUGCUUCUCUUCUCGGCGAUCGACCAGCAAGAGCCGAACAUGCACGUGCUACAGGUUCUUGUGGACAACUUUGAGCUUGACGUCAACGCCGCCGAUGCCAAGGGGCAUGGGGUCCUCCAUCGCUUGUUCCGCAACAACAACGAUCCGCUGGGCAGAAGCAGCAACCCUGCCUGGUGGAAAGCUGCACUUGCUCUGCCGUAUUUGGUCGGACAUGGCGCGAACAUCAACAUGCAAGACCGGGACGGCUGCACACCAUUACACUAUGCCCUUGACUGCGUCGGGCACGCCGACUUUGACAGGACCCUAGUUGAGAGACUCGUGGCCCUCGACGCGGAUAGCACCGCCACUGAUCGUGUGGGCCAGACUUGUCUCUGCAGAGCAGCAGGCAAUAGUGUCCAUGCGGACACUGAACCGAUGCAGGAUGGUGGUUCAGACUAUAUCUCCGUCUUCACUCGCGACCUCGCUCUCGUGAAGCUCUUUCUCGAACGGGGUGCCCCCGUCACCCAGCCUACCUUGAUUGAAGCGAUACGCCGCAGCGACACGGUGCUGCUGAGCCUGCUCUUGUCACCGCCACUCGGUCAUACCGAUCCCAACACUCGCUUCAGACAGGACCGCGUACCUCUCGACUACUGGGCAAGUGGCACGAGCUACAGCCUCGGAGGCGACGCGGAGCAGGAGCCCUGGAGAUACACGCCUCCCCUCUCGAUCAACGUCGUCCCAGACCCGCUCAUGUGCCCUCUGCACUUUGCCUGUCUGCAGACAUACAACAACGACAACUACCAGACCAUUGUGGAGAUGCUGCUGGACCACGGAGCGGAUUCCAACGCCCGGUACGAAAACGGCAUGACGGUGCUGCACUACGUCCUGAGCCAGAAGGUCGACUCCCUGGCGGUGAAGCUCCUGCUGGCCCGCGUCGCUGUCGGUGGCGAUGACGAUGGUCUCGAGGUGCGGAACCCGCUGGGCAUGACGCCGCUGCUCAUCGCCGCACACAUGGCGGGCAAGAAGAGCCGCACGAACGACACGAGUCACCAGGACGCGAGCGCGUUAGUGGCUCACCGCCUGCUCGACCUGAGCGCGGAUCCCCGCGCGAGGGACAAUAACGGACAUGGAAUUCUGUACCAUCUAGGCUGUGGCGAGGACGGUGAAGGUCGAGACGUCGACGCUGGUGGCGGUGGCGGCGGUGAUGAUACAGUCGGAAAUGAGAGCGCCGUGUUGCAGGAAUUGGUCGCUCGUGUCCGGAAGAGUUUGGCGUGAGGGAGUCCACGGACUUUAUUGGAUUAGGACACGAAGCAGCGGGCCAUCGUAGUCGUGUGAUCAUAACAGACGGAAAUUCUGUGAGCAACUGUUGAUAUAUUGAUUUAGCGUAACGGAACGCGGAGCAAUGAUGUCUUUUUCAAUAGCGAUACUGAAUGAAAAGCUCCAUGGCCACGG